AUGCACCCCGACAAGAACCCGGACGACCCCGAGGCGCAGCAGAAGUUCCAAAAGCUGGGCGAGGCGUACCAGGUGCCUCGGAGAUAUGGGGAGAUAUGGAGAGAUAUGGUGGGAGAUAUGGAAGGAGAGCAAAAGUUGCAAAAGCUGGGCGAGGCGUACCAGGUGCCAUAUCUGGGGUGGGGGGGCAUGAUGGACCCGUCGAUGUUUUACUCCAUCAUCUUCGGCUCGGAGGGCUUCGAGGCCUUCACGCUCGAGGACCGCGAGAUGAACGAGAUGAUGGCUGCGAUGGGCCUUCAAAAGCCAAAGCACGUCGGCACCGCGACGGAGCUCGCCGCGCUGCUCGCGCCGUUUGUCGACGGCGACGAGGCCGAGCGCGCAGCCUUUGUCGAGAGGCGAGCUGCUCACGCACGCGCGAGCUGCUCACGCACGCGCGAGCUGCUCACGCACGUGUGCGGCCGCAUGUACUGCUCGCGCGCCAAGCUGCACCUGCAAAAGGCCGACGGCAAGAGCUUGCGUGAUGACCUCGCCGACUACAAGAAGCUGGGAGGCGCGGGCGAGGCGAUGCGCGCGCGCGGCCACGCGGCAAGCGGCCGCUUCGCUGGCGCGUGGCACUUGGCGGUGGUCGACGUCGAGGGCACGCUGCGCAAGGUUUGCAAGAAGGUGCUCUCCGACACGUCCGUGUCUGCAGACGGCCGCUUCCAGAGGGCGCUCGCGCUGAAGGCGCUCGGCGAGACGUUCCUCGCCGCAGUCUCGCCCGAGAAUGCGGCGGACGGGCCAAAGAAGACGUUCCGGCAGCAGCUCGAGGCGUUUGCGUCCACGAUGAUGCCCCCGUCAGAGUCCGCCGCCGCCGCCGCCGAGAAUGCGGACAGCGGGGGGUACGUCGGUUUGCGCGUCGAGAUCCACGGCGUCGUGCGCAAGCCUGAGCCGCUCGUUCUCCCACCUCCCUCUCUGACCGCGGUACACCCUCCUGUUUCAGGCCUCGUCAGCAAGCCCGAGCUGAACGGCUCCUUUGGCGUCGCGUGCGGCUGGGACCCGGAGGCGAGAACCCCCCCCCCGGAGCAGCAGAGGCUCCGUGGGGUUGAAAAGUCGACGCUGGGAGUCGCACUCGUCAAGCCAUCGCAGGACCACGUGGUCCGCACGUACCGCCCACAUCCCCUCCACCACUGA